UACGCACGUUGCGUAGGUCAGCCGCAGACACACACAGACAUCAUGGCGGACGUUUUGGACCUUCAUGAAGCGGGAGGCGAGGACUUUCCUAUGGAUGAGGAUGGUGAUGAAAGCAUCCAUAAGUUGAAAGAGAAAGCCAAGAAGAGGAAAGGACGAGGCUUUGGCUCAGAGGAAGGUGCCAGGUCCAGAAUCAAAGAGGACUACGACACAGUGGAGCAGGAUGGGGACGAGCCUGGCCCUCAGAGAUCUGUGGAGGGUUGGAUCCUGUUUGUGACAGGUGUACAUGAAGAGGCCACAGAGGAAGACAUUCAUGACAAAUUUUCUGAGUUUGGAGAAAUCAAGAACCUGCAUCUCAACCUUGACCGCAGAACAGGCUACCUCAAGGGGUAUGCACUGGUAGAGUAUGAGACAUACAAAGAGGCCCAGGCUGCCAUGGAAGGGCUCAACGGUCAGGAUCUGAUGGGCCAGCCUAUCAGCGUUGACUGGGGAUUUGUCAGAGGGCCCCCCAAGAACAAGAGGAGGGCUGGCGGACGGAGACGCAGCAGAAGUCCAGACAGGAGGCGGCGUUGAGUUUGGUAGUUGUCAUUGGCUAGAGGGGGCAUCUGUCACUUUGACGGGCAGUUUCUAAUCUUGUCAUCUUCUCAUAAGGAGUUAACUAAGGAUUUUUUGUAUAGUAUUUUUCAGUAACAGUUGUAUGGCAUGUAGUUGUGCGAUUUCAAAUAUUGAGAAAAGGAAUUGCUCUUCAGAAAUUAAUAACAAAAGAAAAAAGUUGCUAAUAGCAGCAUUGCAUUUUAUUGUAAAUUGUUUAUGCUGCUUUACAAUGCAACAAACGGAUAUCCAUUCAGCUGUGUCGGUGAAACUUUUUUACUUUCAGUAGCCAACUUGUAGGUAAUACAUGUUUAUGGUGAUUCAUGAUUCCCUCAAUGUUGUUUCAGUUUGCUCAAUGCUACAUACAUUUUAUUGUGCUGGAGUGCUUUGUUUUAUAUUACUUUGGGAAAAUUAAACUUUUUAAAAGCCAAA